AUGAUGGACACUGUGUGCAUGCGGUCAAGCAAUACCUGUGUGGGGACUAGGGACUCCUCGCUACUUCUUUCACCUGAGAUGGCUGGCAGUAGUUCCACUCUGACUAAAUUAUCACCACAAGCCAGCACCAUCAACUCAUCAACGUCACCAAAACAGAACAGCAACAACAACAAUCAUAACAACACAGUGAAUAAUAACAAAAGCACAAACAUCAGCAACAAUAGCAACAGCAGCAGCUCAAAGCCAUCGUCCCCAGCCGCUACCGGAAACUCGGAGCUGUCCGGCAAGAACUUGUCCUUCUCCCCCGAGCAGGUGGCCUGUGUCUGCGAGGCCCUGCAACAGAAGAACGACAUUGACCGCUUGUCCAGGUUCUUGUGGUCGCUACCGCCCAGCGAACUGCUCAGGGGCAGCGAAGCUGUUCUCAAAGCCAGAGCUACAGUGGCUUUUCACCGAGAGAACUACCGCGAGCUCUACUCUAUUCUAGAGAGCCACACCUUUGACAGCUCCAAUCACGCAUUCCUCCAACAGCUCUGGUAUAAGGCCCAUUAUCUAGAGGCCCAGAAAAUUCGAGGCCGACCUCUAGGGGCCGUGGAUAAAUACAGACUUCGGCGGAAGUACCCCUUGCCCAAGACCAUCUGGGAUGGCGAAGAAACCAUCUAUUGCUUCAAGGAGAAGUCCCGUCAAGCGCUGAAGGAUUGCUACAAGCAGAACAGGUACCCGACGCCGGACGAGAAACGGAAUCUAGCUAAAAAGACUGGCCUGACACUGACCCAGGUCAGUAACUGGUUCAAGAACAGACGACAAAGAGAUCGGACCCCUCACUCAAUACCGCACAUGCA